GGCCGCGGCUUCCGGCGCGCUCCCCUCGGGCGGUAGGGGUCGCCAGUUGGGUGCACCUCGGCCCGCGCGGCUCCUGUCGGGGCAUGUGCGGGCCUGUGUGUGUAGAAGAAAAAUGGAGCAAGAAGCCGAGCCUGACGGGCAGCCCUAAGUCUUCGGACCGAGGUCCUGCCGCUUCCGCCGCCAGAAGCCACCCUCUCCUGACCUAGCAAAUGUGCAAUACCAGCAUGUCUGUGUCUACUGAUGGUGCUGUAAGCACCUCACAGAUUCCAGCUUCAGAGCAAGAGACCCUGGUUAGACCAAAGCCAUUACUUUUGAAGUUGUUGAAAUCUGUUGGUGCACAAAAAGACACUUACACUAUGAAAGAGGUUAUAUUUUAUCUUGGCCAGUAUAUUAUGAACAAACGAUUAUAUGAUGAGAAGCAACAGCAUAUUGUAUAUUGUUCAAAUGAUCUUCUAGGGGAUUUGUUUGGAGUGCCAAGCUUCUCUGUGAAAGAACACAGGAAAAUAUAUACAAUGAUCUACAGAAACUUGGUAGUAGUCAAUCAGCAGGAACCAUCAGAUUCAGGCAUACCUGUGAGUGAAAACAGGUGUCAUCUUGAAAGUGGGAGUGAUGAAAAGGACCCUGUGCAAGAGCUACAAGAAGAAAAACCUUCAUCUUCAGAUUUGGUUUCUAGACCAUCUGCCUCAUCUAGAAGGAGAACGAUUAGUGAGACAGAAGACAAUUCAGAUGAAUUACCUGGUGAACGACAAAGAAAGCGCCACAAAUCUGAUAGUAUUUCCUUUUCCUUUGAUGAAAGCCUUGCUCUGUGUGUAAUAAGGGAGAUACGUUGUGAAAGAAACAGUAGCAGUGAAUCAACAGGGACUUCAUCAAAUCCGGAUCUCGAUGCUGGUGUCAGUGAACAUUCAGGUGAUUGGUUGGAUCAGGAUUCAGUUUCAGAUCGAUUCAGUGUAGAAUUUGAAGUUGAGUCUUUCAAUUCGGAAGAUUAUAACCUUAGUGAAGAAGGACAAGAACUCUCAGAUGAAGAUGAUGAGGUAUAUCAAGUUACCGUGUAUCAGGCAGGGGAAAGUGAUACGGAUUCAUUUGAAGACGACCCUGAAAUCUCCUUAGCUGACUAUUGGAAGUGUACUUCAUGCAGUGAAAUGAAUCCUCCCCUUCCACCACAUUGCAACAGAUGCUGGGCCCUUCGUGAGAAUUGGCUUCCUGAAGACAAAAGGAAAGAAAAAGGGAAAAUGGAUGAGAAAACUGAACUUGAAAACUCAGUACAAGUAGAAGAGGGCUUUGAUGUCCCUGAUUGUAAAAAAAAUCCUACAGUGUAUGAUUCCCGAGAAUCAUGUAUUGAGGAAAAUGAUGAAAAGAUCACACAAGCCUCCCAAUCCCAAGAAAGUGAAGACUAUUCUCAGCCAUCAACUUCUAGUAGCAUCAUUUAUAGCAGCCAAGAAGAUGUCAAAGAGUUAGAGAAAGAAGAAACACAAGACAAAGAAGAAAGUGUGGAGUCUAGUUUUCCACUUAAUGCCAUCGAACCUUGUGUGAUUUGCCAAGGUCGACCUAAAAAUGGUUGCAUCGUCCAUGGCAAAACAGGACAUCUUAUGGCAUGUUUUACAUGUGCAAAGAAGCUAAAGAAAAGGAACAAGCCCUGCCCAGUAUGUAGACAACCAAUUCAAAUGAUCGUGUUAACUUAUUUCUCCUAGUUGACCCUUCUAUAAAAGUAGAAUUAUAUAUUUCUAACUAUAUAACCCUAAAAAUUUAGACAACAGGAAAUUUUAUUUUUUUACUUGUAUCAAAACAAGAAGGUAUCUUGAUGCAUGUAGAUUUGUUUUCUGUAGUGUAAUUUACCUACUUUGGGAGAGGGAAUAGUGAAUAUUUAUUUUCUUUAAUGAAAAUUUCACUCCUGUUUAUAUUUAGAUUUUAAUGUAAUUUGAAUUGGAUAUAUAGUUCUUCCUUUACCCCUGCCCCUCAUAUUUUAAAUAAUUUUCACUUUCUCUUAAACGAGAAGUAUCUGAUUUUUUUUAAAAAAGUGCUGCAAGUAGGACAUUUAAAUAUAACUUAUUUAGUACUUUUUAUGUGAGGAGGAGAAAAAGUACGAAAUACUUAGUAUUUAAAUUUUAGAUAUUCUUAAACCUUUUGACUCAGACUUUAUUCUUUCAGAGACUCUUAAAAUACUCCUGGAUAAAAAAGUAAUUGGUAGUUAUAUUUGGUGCUGUGUAAGUAAAAAUGCUCUUAUCUAGCUUCAUUGAUAUAGUAAAGGAUAGGUGAUAAUGAUAAUGUCAGUUUGAGAAGUUUUUGAGAAUAGCCAUCAUUUACUCAUAACUUUUUUAAGGCUCUUUGGUACAAUGUGGAAUUGUCUAGGCAUCUAACUUAGGCAGAUUGUUUCAUCCAGGCCCUUUUCCAUACCUAAUUUCAGAGUUUAGUGCCAUCUGUUGUUUGAAGUUGAAAAAUUAUAAGUCACUUUGAAAUGUCUUCAUCAGCUGGGUUACAUGUUCCUGGUAGUUACCUAGGUUUCAGACGUUUGCUUAGGGCCAGUUUUGGAAACAAGUGAAUUCACAAAGACUAAUUGAGAAACUUAAUAAUUAGAAGGAUUGUUUGUUUUUAAACUAGCUGGAAAUGUCAUAAGUUCUCUCAGUAAAACAACUGAUUGCUUUCCUUUAAGACCAGUAGGGUCAAACAUAGGAUUAUAAAAUAUCAAACUGAAUAGAUUAACAUACUGAUUUAUAUUUAAAUAUAAAUCUUCAGCAAAAUAGUGAAAAUAACCACUUUGAUUUAGAGUCCCAAUGUUUUUCUCCCCUGUAGGACAGUUGUACAUAGUCAGGUGAGGACAAUAAAAUCAACUGAACUAUUAGUUUAGAAUGGAACUGAAGGAAAAUUUUGCACAGCAAGUUUGUGUGCCAGUUACUAAUGGUAUUGUAUUAAACUCUAAAAACAAACGACACGUGCAUGUGACUUACUGUGUAUACGUAUAUACGUAGAAAACAAAUGCUUGAAGCAAUCAGUACAUUAGCCAAAGAGUGAUCUUUAAAUACAUUAAAGCUUUAUUAAUUUGGGAUUUAUAAUAACUUCAAGUAGAGUUGGUAGCAAAAAUGCAGUUAUAAACACUGUACUUUCAGGAUAUGUUAUACAGUGUUAUGCUAUUUACAAAACAUUCAGAUCUGCAAAUUGUCUCAUUCAGCAUGCCUAUCAUUACUAUCUUGAUUGUCUAAAAUUUUGGCUUUUUAUACAUAAAUUUAUUGAUUUAUGAAUAAACGAUUUAUUAAUUGUUUGAGAA